AUAUCAAAAUAAACUGGGCCACAAUAAUUUGAUGGUAAGUGUCACUGAAUAUUAAAACAACUUUAUUUGGUGUACACACUUGGCACUCUUUCUUGUGCACGCAAACAAUUGUUAUCUUUUUUAACCAAGUUAUCUUUGUAUGUUUUACAUACACAAUAGAGUAUAUCAAAGGUGUUCACGUUUGAUAGCUAAGAGAUGUACACAUUUUGUGCAUAUUUUACAUACACAGUAGAGUAUAUCAAAGGUGUUCACGUUUUGUGUACACUAAAUUUUUUCUAUUAAAAAUCCAACUAUGAAGGUGGAUUGCUCUAGUUCCUGAAAGAGAUUGAGUAUGCCAAUAGAUCAUUGGAAGUCCAUACGUGGGACCACAUUAAACACAUGAGCCAGAUACAUUGCAUAUAUAUCUUCAUCAGAAAAUGGAACUGUCGGUCGCAAUCAGAUCAGUAGAUCACCAGCUGGUCUGAUUAUGCUGCAACGUCGCCGGCCGUCACAAAUAUCGCCUCGACUUCCCGACGCGGUUGAGCUUGGACCAUCUCAGCCUCACCAGCCGGUUUCGCCGUCGCCCAGUCGGAAGGAGGAGGGCAGGCAAGAAACGCAAAUUGCAGAGGAGGAUUUGAAUCGGGCUAAAUAGAGUGGGCUGGAUUCAUUUUGGGCUGGAUGUGCGUCAUUACUCGACCACUUUGACACUAAAAUUAAACAUUCGACUUUCUCUCCGUCCAAAGACAUCUGCACAUGGUAUAAGAGAGAAAAGAUACUGCAAAUAUUUAUUAUGAAUUCCAUUCCUACCAAUAAUUCAUCAAUGGAUGGGGAGGAAGAGGAUUCAAGCUCAUUAACGUUAUCAGAAAAAUUAUGCAUUUCAUUUCUCCCAAUCAUUGCCGCAGGAUUCGAGGCAUUGAUGUUCGUAGUCUCGGGUUGUUUCCAACCCAGAUGCGAGAAUACUCCUCCCCACAAUCAGCAGCAGCAGAAGAUGCAUCCUUUCGGACAAGAUAUUUCUCGACUAGCCAAUCUAUCUCGAUUUACGUUGAAUGAAGUGGAAACGUUAUACGAGCUGUAUAAGAAGCUGAGUUGCUCUCUAAUCAAGGAUGGUUUGAUUCAUAAGUCGUGAUGGUUUGAUAGGAAGAGUUUCAGCUAGCACUUUUCCAUACACCAUUUGGGAACAACCUCUUUCUGGAUCGGGUAUUUGAUGUGUUUGACGAGAAGAGGAAUGGAAUUGUUGAUUUUGAGGAAUUCAUCCAUGCUUUAAACGUGUUUCAUCCCAAUGCACCAAUUGAAGAGAAAAUCGAGUUUGCAUUUAGGAUUUACGACCUCAGGCAAACCGGCUUCAUUGAACGUGAAGAAGUUAAGGAGAUGGUGAUUGCAAUUCUCCUGGAAUCUGGGACAAAACUAUCGGAUGAUCUUGUGGAGGAAAUUGUUGACAAGACAUUUGUAGAUAUGGAUGUUGACAUGGAUGGUAGAAUUGAUAAGGAGGAAUGGAAGAGCUUUGUAAUUCGUCACCCUUCUCUAUUGAAGAACAUGACUCUUCCUUAUCUCAAGGAUGUUACAAGUGCAUUCACAAGUUAUGUUUUCAACACCAAGACAUGAUAAAAUUUCAUUAUUUAUGUACAUGUUUAUGUAGCCAUGAGUUUUUCUUGCGAGUUCUUCUUAUUGCUUUUAAACUUUACUUACUAAGUAGUUAUGCAUAGUUUAUUGUUUGUCUUUUGUGGGGAAGAGCGGGCAUUCAUGAGGUACAGUGAAAACAAAAUUUAUUACCGGGAGGGGAGUGGUGGUUGAUACCAUAGCUAGCAGGUGGAGUAUUUAAUUCAUUGAGGAUUUCCGUGUAUAAUACUCUGUUUAAUAUGUAAGAAAUUCAAAUUAGAUUUACUAUGAG